CGCCCCACGGCGCCGGCAGUGACGUCACCGCUGUGCGCCGCAGGAAGCCCCGCCUACUCGUCGCUCUCCGCGCGCCCGGAGAUGGAGGCAUCAGAUUAUACCAACCCAGAAGAAUACCCUACUGAAAUUCAUGAUUAUCUUGCAACAUUUGAACAAUGUCUUGGUUCUGUAGAAGAGAUGCUGAAAGCAAUGAUGUUGGUUUCUAGGAGUGACCUCCAAAAGUUAGAGCCUCUGGAGCAAGCAAAGCUGGAUUUGGUUUCAGUGUACACGUUAAAUUCAUUGUUCUGGGUAUACUUGACUAUCCAGGGAGUCAAUCCAAAGGAACAUCCAGUGAAACAAGAACUGGAGAGAGUAAGAACAUACAUGAACAGGGUCAAAGAAAUAGCAGAAAAGAAAAAGGCAUUCAAACUUGAUAAAGGAGCUGCUUCUAGAUUUGUAAGAAAUGCACUCUGGGAACCAAGCCCUGAAAAUGAAAAGAAAAACAAAGGCCCUGGUAAAGGAAAAAAGAGAAAGAUGGACUAAAUUUAUGCCUCUCCGUAUAUAAAUUAGAGACGUCUAGGAACUUACCUUGAAAUGUGUUCUGCAUACUGCAUGCACCUUGUGGAGGUGCUGUACAGCAACAUCUUGCUUAAGUUAUAGGUAAGAAUUUUUAUAGGAUUGUAUUUUGUUCAGAACACUUGUCACAUGUGAUCACAUUGUAUGUGUAUCUAAAAGUGCCAUUUGAUGCAAGAGAGGUAACAUUUCAUUAUUGAAAUGACAAUGACCUAGCAUAGGCUUGCUGGUAAUACAUACUAGUGAUAUUUUUACUGUUGGAUGAGUAACACUUUUUUUUACAUGUCCUUAAUGUGAAUAUUAAAAUAUUAAAUUGAAUAUUAAAAAGUAUUAACCAAUGCUAUCUAGUCUGUGGUGUUUAUGACGGAGCCAUGUUUUCUUUCUCAUUACAUCAUCACAUCAUUAUGUAAAAGGCUGUAUUUGUAGUUUUGUAAGGUUUAUUCACUGUGUUAAACUGUUUCAGCUUCUGAACUUGAAGGUUUGCCAUAUUCCUUUACUUCCUGUUCCCUCUGAGAAAACUGAGUUUCAGGGGCCACACAGUCUGUAUUCCACUUUAAGCCACAGUGUCUAGUCAGUGGAAAAGAUAUCCCCAAAGGGCAAUUUGUGGGGUCCAAAAAAAGGAGCAGGCUGGGGACAGCUAUUAAAAAACAGCACAUGCAGGAACUUGAUUGAAAUUUUGGCUGCAGUGCUCAUCCUUCACUGCUGACACCGUGAAAGAGAGAAGUAUGCUCUGAGGUGGUAGGAGUGUGGUCAUCCAUUGCUAUUUCUGAGAUCUUCAUCAGGGAAAGCACCCUGUGGUGCGAUAAAUACUACUACAGUGUCUUACAAGUAUUCUGUUAUUUUCCUCAAUAGGUAAAGUUCAGUCAUUUAGGAGAGGAGGCGUGUUAAGUUUCUUCAGAAGACCCUCGGUUAUUGUUUUUUUUCAGUAUACUGCAAAGCAAAACUCAAUGAUCUGCCAAAAACUAUUUAACAAUUAGCAGCAGCUCUUUACUUAGGAAAUACAGGAAAAGGAAGGAAAAAAAAGGCAAUUAAUUCACCAAAAUGUAGUUUCGGUACCAGUCUACAAAAGUGGUUGAGAAAUAUUGUUAGUGUGAAAGACUAAAUGACAAGAACAAAUGAAUCCAGUAUAUCUAUAGCUGAAUGAUGUACAGUGGAUGGUUACAGAGUUGUACUACAUCAUGCAGUACCGAAUGUGGACUAAAUUGAAUCAGGUGCUAAAAUGAAGCUUC